UUUUCAUUUUUACAAUAACAUUUAGUCUUUACGCUUCACCAUAUUCACUGUAACUCUGGUUUCCUGUUAGUAAGAUUUUUCUCAUGCGUGUGGCUGUCGGGAGUUGUAUUCAAGGGGUUUACAGACAGUGACAAUUGUGAUAUUUCCACAUUAAGAAUAUUAACUGGGAGGUGCUUUAUCAGUGGCCACAAGCCUGAGCGGAGGGGAUCAUCGGAGUACAUGAAAGUAGAAAUGAGAGGAGUCGUUCUUGUAUGUGGAUUGUUUUACACCACCCUGUUGUCCAACUCCUUCAACAUUGAUGAAGAAAAUCCAACUCUUUUUACAGACAUACCUGGGGGGCAGUUUGGUCACAAAGUUGUACAGUUUGGGACUGAAGCAAGCAAGAGUGUUAUUGUCAGUGCACCCCUAAAAGACAAUGGGACAGGAGGGCUUUACAGCUGUGAAUAUGAUGAAGAAAAGUGCAAACCAAUUAUACUGCAAGGUCUAAAUCCCGGGAUUGCACUGGGCCUGUCAAUGGCAACCAGUUCUGGCAGCAUGGGACGCCUUCUGGCUUGUGGCCCAAGACUAUCACGGUACUGCGCAAGCAACAGUUUUUUGAAUGGAUUUUGUUACAUACUCAACGAAGACUUGACAACCUUUGAGAGUUUCAGGCCAGAUUUACAAGAAUGCAGAGACUCAGGUCUUGAUGCUGUGAUCUUAUUUGAUGAUUCUCAUAGUAUCUCUGAUGCUGACUUCAAAAUCAUGAUAGAGUUUAUCAAAAAUAUAAUUCGGAUGUUCAAUGAUUCCAAAGCUCAGGUUUCUGUGGCUCAGUAUUCUUCAGAAGCGAGACAAGUUUUCAAUUUUAAGUAUUUUCAGGUCGAAAAAGAUCCAGAGAAGCUCAUGCAGUUUGCUCAACAUUCAAAAGGAGACACAUAUACUCCCACUGCAAUCAAGUUUGUGCUAGACAAAAUGUUCUCAGAAGACUUUGGAAUGAGAAAUGAAUCAAAGAAGUUGCUCAUAGUUAUAACUGAUGGGAUUUCAAAUGACAAGAAACUAAACUAUAAAGAUGUGAUCCCACUGGCAGAAAGGCGACACAUCAUCCGGUAUGCGAUUGGGAUUGGUAAAGAUUUUGAGAAACACAGGAAUGACCUUCAGAUCAUUGCAUCUUCUGAAAAUAACAUAUUUAGAGUAGACAGCUUUGAUGCUUUAACGUCUAUCCAGAAAGAGCUUGGAGAAAAAAUCUUUGCCAUUGAAGGAUCAAAUGAAAAAUCAAAUUUCAGUUCAUUCCAAAUGGAGCUUUCUCAAGGAGGAUUCAGUGCUUUGAUUACAGAGAAAAGCAUGUUACUGGGAGCAGUGGGAUCAUUUGACUGGUCAGGGGGAGCUUUGGAAAGGAAAGGAAAGGCUGAAACAUUCAUUAAUGUCUCUUCUCAUGACCGAGAUAUGAAAAGUUCUUACCUAGGUUAUUCUGUUGAAGUUGUAAGACUGAAAGAAGAGGAGAUGUAUGCCAUUGCUGCUCCCAGAUACAAACACAAGGGUUUAGUCAUUGUGUUUCGGAACAAAAAUGACACCUGGCAAAGGACUCAGGGAAUUGAAGGGGAACAGCUUGGCUCAUACUUUGGUGCAGAGAUCUGCUCUCUAGAUGUUAAUGCAGAUGGACAGACGGAUUUCAUUCUUAUUGGAGCUCCCUUGUAUUAUGGAAAAGGAAUAGGAGGAAAAGUGUCAGUUUGCUCUGUUGAGUUAACGGGACAUCUGAGCUGUAACUCAUCCCUCUAUGGCUCACCAGGGAAUGUUUUUGGUCGUUUUGGAGCAGCAAUCAGCCAGACAGCUGAUCUCAAUGGAGAUGGAUUAUCAGAUAUUGUAAUUGGAGCACCACUUGAGGAUGACUGCCGUGGAAGCAUUUAUAUUUUUCAUGGAGGAAUGAACCGAAUUGAUGAAUUGUACAGUCAGAAAAUUCAAGGAAAGUCCAUUCAUUCCAAUCUUCUGUUUUUUGGUCAUUCUCUCCAUGCCGCUGGGGACGUCACUCAUGAUGGAAUGACAGACAUUACUGUCGGAGCCCAGGAUGCUGCUGUCAUUCUCAGGUCCCGUCCCAUCAUAAAUGCUUCAGUCUCAUUAACAUUUAGCCCAGCGGUCAUACCUCAAAGAAUGUUUCACUGUGCAGGAAAGGAAUCUAAAGAUGGGGAGCCAGCCACUACUGCUGAUGUCUGUGUUGAGCUGGAACCCAUCUAUGCUGGAAACUUGGGGUCCACAGUGGGAAAUGCCAAUGUGACGAUCUCCCUUGAGUUGGAUCCAGGUCAGUUAUUGAGAAGUCUUGUCUUCCACAAUGACCAGAGAUCAGUGACGUGGAACAUGUCUGUGAAUGGCAAGCUGUGCCACCAGCAAAAAAUAUUUGUACCGAACUGCAUAAUGAAUUACUCUCUCAUCUUGGUGAGUGGAAACUUCUCUAUAGUUGGACUGGAACUACCAGAGAUGAGACAUUUAACUCCAGUCCUAACUCCCAGUUGUAAAACUAAUUUUACAGAGAAGAUUGAACUGGAAAAAGUCUGUGGGGAAGAUGAGAUCUGCGUGGCUGACUUAUCAGUGUUUUCUAACUUUUCAGGAUCCCAAUUUCUUUUGGCACAUCCGCAUUUUAUUUUGAACUUGACAAUAUGUCUAUUGAACUCUGGAGAGGAUUCAUACCGCAGUGAGGUGACUAUCUUCUACCCAGCUGGACUGACUUUCCGAAAAUCAUCUGUGCUACAGUCAACAUGGAGGGCAAGCUUGGACUGCAAUACAGAAGACCUGGGUGUUAUAUCCCAUAAUGGACAAACAACCUGCAAAGUCAGCAAUCCCAUUCUGAAAGAGGGGGCAAAGAUUGUUUUACUUGCUUCCUUUAAUGUGGCAGGAAGUUCAUCUUUGAGGGAUAAUGUGCAGAUUAAUGUGACAGCAAGGAGUGACAAUGAUAAUGGUAGUUUGCAUGACAACUUUGCCAGCAGCUUGAUUCCAGUAAAGCUUCCUAUUAAUGUGAUGGUGAAAGGCAUGGAUCUUACAAAGUAUUUGAAUUUUACCUCCAGUUCCAAGGAAAGCAAGCUCUUGCAGCAUUCCUAUGAGGUUCGAAAUCUUGGCGAUGUGGACAUUCCAGUCAAUUUCACUUUCCUUGUUCCUUUGUCAAUUAAACCUGGUUUUACUUGGAAUGUCAAGAACCAAACAGAUCCGAUGUGUGUAAUAUUAAAUGACAAGCCCACCACAGAGACUAAGGAAAGCAGUACAUCUGUAAAUAUCUCAAAGGUGCAGCUUCCUCAGCAAUGUCAUGAAACUCUUUGCCAACGGAUCAGAUGCUCCAUUCUUCUUUUAAGUAAAGAGCAGCCAGUCACCUUUGUUCUUUCUGGAAAUAUCACCAAAAAUAUACAAAUGAAUGCCCACAAGCGUACUGUAACAAGCUAUGGAGAGCUGUCAUACGACAAUGAGAAGUUCUUCCAGUAUCCCGUGGAAAAAUUCAACCUUGCAGUUGUGGAGUCAGAACUGGAAAUAUUUCACGAAGUAAACUAUGCACCAAUCAUUCUGGGCAGCACGUUCGGGGGGCUACUGCUUCUCCUUCUCAUCUGUUAUGGUCUUUACAAAAUUGGAUUCUUCAAGAGGGCAGUAAAUGAGGAUCUAAAUGAAGACACACAGGUGACAGAAACAGAAGAGACAAGUCAACCAAAAGUAGAGCUAAAUGGGGAGACCAGUCUGUGAAAAUGACAUUAGAGCAUGAUUUCCAACUUUGAAUUAGUUCCAGUGGUGUUUCUGCAUUAAGGCAUUGCCACAAUGAGAUGCUGUGCAAAAUAAGUUCAUUCAGUAAUUUAAUUUAUUAUUAAAAUGUUUAUAACAACUCUCA